AUGGGCGAGAAGAUGCCCGACGACAGCAGUAAACUCAAAACCUUUGUUGGCAUCCUGAAGAAGUUCAUCGGUGUCUCCGACAUUGCCGCCGUCCGCUUCUCCCUGCCUGCCCAGCUGCUCGAGCCUAUUCCCAACCUCGAGUACUGGCACUACCUGGACAGACCCGACAUCUUUGCCAGCAUUGGCGACUCGGACGAUGAGCUUGGCCGUUUACUUGCCUGCUUGCGCUUCUGGUUCACCAAGGACCUGAAGUACGUCAAGGGAAAGCCUUGCAAGCCAUACAACUCGACUCUUGGAGAGUUCUUCAGGUGUCAAUGGGAGACCGACGACAACGUCCCCGUCCUCCAAGGCAACAAGGUCAAGUCCGAUACUGCCGGCAACAAGGUCAAGGUUUCUUACCUCACCGAACAAACCUCGCAUCAUCCUCCCGUCUCGGCCUACUACGUCGACUGCCCGCAAAAGGCCAUUUCUGCACGUGGCUUCGAUCAGAUCAGCGCAAAGUUCACCGGUACCAGCAUUCGCGUCACCCCCGGCAUUUACAACGAAGGCAUCUAUGUUACUCUACACAACUGGGGUGACGAAACAUAUCACCUUACCCAUCCUGCUGCUUAUCUGGGUGGCUUCUUGCGAGGCAACCUUAAUGUCAGCGUCGCCGAUACUUGCUUCGUAACAUGCAAGAAGACAGGUAUCAAAGUUAUCCUUCAUUACGUCGAAGAAGGAUGGCUAGGCAAGACUCAGAAUAAGGUUGAAGGUGUUGUCUACAAAUGUGACGUUGACAACGACAACACAACCAGGAUCAAGGACGUUCCAGAAAAAGCCAUCAUCGGUCGUAUCGAAGGUGCCUGGCACGACAAGGUCUACUUCACCCGGGGGUCCGCGCCGGCUGCAAAGAACCCCGACAAGACUCUCCUCAUCGACGUCAACCCGCUAUUCCCUGUACAGAAGAUCGUCCCUCCUCCCGAGCAGCAGCUGCCCAACGAGUCGCGUAAAUUCUGGAACAGUGUCACUGAGGCCAUUCUCAGCAGGCAAUAUUCCAAAGCCACGACCGAGAAACAGGAGCUUGAAGAGCGUCAACGUCAAAAAGCGGCUGAUAGGAAGGCCAGAAAUGUCGAAUGGUCGCCUCGCUUCUUCACUGGCGCCACCACUCCCGCUGGCAUCCCUGAGCUCACUGACGAGGGUAGGAAGGUCCUCAUCGGCCUUCAGAAUGGCGACUACAAUCUCGAGGAGAGCAAGGAGACUGGUGCAUAA